AUGGGUAAACGCGGUCGUCCACCCAAGCGAAAAGUCGUUUCCGACGCACCGAAAGUAGUCGAAGAAUGUUACACGAUUCUGAGUAGCGAUGAAGAGAUAGAGAAAAAAGAUCAACCGUUACGCCUACCAGAACCAACUCAACGACGAGGAGUCGGAAAUGAACGCACUAGUGCAACUUCUCUAACGCCAUCAGUAGCAAAAACGAAUGGACAAAAGAAGAAGAUUAUACUUAAUGGAAAGAAUAAAAAGGAUCAAACAUCGGGAGAUAGUGAUGCAACUGAAGUAUACUCGGUUAGUAAUGAUGAAGAUCUCGAAGUAAAACCAACGAAAGUUUCACCAACAAAACGGAAACGUCGAUCCGCACCGGCUAAAGUCAACCAUGAUCUUUCGGAAAAUAGUGAUGAUGAUCUCAUUUAUUCACGACGAUCACUUGUCUUGAAGCCUAGAAAACGUCAAGCGACACCUUCCUCAUCAUCGAUUUCAAGUGCAGAAAGUCAAUCGUCAAAACGUCCUCGUCCGCCCAUUCCGACAUUCAAACGUGCUAAAGGUAAAAAGAAGACGAAGAACAUCGAAGAAACAUCUGAGGAUGACCAUGACGAUGAUGAUGAUGAUGUUAUUACGGAUGAAGAUUACCAUACCGAUGUGGAGAAAAUGGAUGAUAAUGCAUUGAUUAAGAAGACGGAACGUCGAAUGUUAAACGAUGAAGAUCUAACUCAACUAACAAAGAAAGCGUUGGAAGAUGAACGACAACGCGUUCAACGUGUACAGGAAAAACAAUCGCAAUUAUCUCAAAUGAUAUACAAUAACGACGAAGAAAAUGAUAUUAUAUUAGAAAAUGCCAAGAAAAACGAGGAAGGCGAGCCAGAAUCAAAGCUUGUUUUCGAAUACGAACCGAAUGCAAAUAAAUCGUUGAUCGUUGUACAUCCUGACUUAGUCAAAAAAAUGAAACAACAUCAAUUGGAUGGAACAAUGUUUCUCUGGGAGAAUGUUUUCGAAUCCGUUGCACAAAUUAAAAAGGAUAACACCGGUACUGGUUGCAUUUUAGCCCAUCACAUGGGUUUAGGAAAAACGUUUCAAUUGAUAUCAUUUCUUCAUACGAUAUUUAAACAUAGUGAUGUCACUCAAACGCGAACAUGUUUAAUUCUCUGUCCAGUCAACGUUAUCUCAAAUUGGGCUGCAGAAUUUACUCUUUGGUUAUCAGGUCUCCGUCCAACCAUAAAAGUGUAUCAAUUUUCGUUAUUCAAAAGUAAAUCAGCACGAUGGGAAUGUUUAGAAAAAUGGAACAACAAAGGUGGAGUUAUGUUAAUGGGUUAUGAAAUCUAUCGUCGAUUGUCAAAUGAUAUCGAUUACAAUUUCUUUCUAACUGAUCCUGGACCAGAUAUAAUCGUUUGUGAUGAAGGUCACAUACUCAAAAAUGCCAAUGCAGGAAUUUCCAAAGCGUUGAACAAGGUUCGAACAAAGCGAAGAAUUAUAUUAACAGGAACGCCGUUACAAAAUAAUCUCAAGGAAUAUUAUUAUAUGGUACAUUUUGUUAAACCACAUUUGUUGGGAACGUAUCGGGAAUUUAAAAAUCAAUUUAUUGAUCCGAUUCGAGGUGGUCAACAUAAAGAUUCGAACAUUUAUGCGGUGCAAUUGAUGAAACGACGAGCAUUUGCAUUACAUGAACGAUUAAAACAUUGUAUACAUCGUUGUGAUUUCAAUGUUCUUCGACGUUAUUUGCCAGAAAAAUAUGAAUAUGUGAUUAAAAUCUAUAUGGGUGAUCUUCAAAAACAACUCUACGAUCGUUAUUUAAAAAUUCAAAAUAUCGAUGCUACGGCUGGUUUCAACACAGCAAAAUUGUUUGCUGAUUACCAAUAUUUAAUGAAAAUUUGGACGCAUCCGUGGUUAUUACGACCGCAUUUUAUUGAUCGAUGGAAGAAAAAACAGAAGAAAGAUGCAGAUGAAGUCGAUGAUAUCGAUCCAUUUUUCAACGAUGUCAUCGCGGGUUUAUCCGACGAUGAUGAACAACAACAACAACAACAAGAGAAAAAAUCAAAGAAACAAAUACCAACAAAAAAAAAACCCGUCGAUUCCAAUCAUCGACAUAAGCAUCACGAGGAUAAUGAAGAUGGCAAUUCCAGUAGUCAUUCAUCUUCAUCAUCUACGUCGGAAUUUUUAGCUUUAUUCAAUAAUACAAAUUGGAAACAAUAUGGAAUGAAGUCACAUACGUCGCGCAGCUCAGUAACAGAUCCAUGUCAACGUGCUAUGCAAAAUGAAUGGUGGUUUCCAAUGUUUGAUGAGACAGCAGAAUAUGAUUUAAGUUUAAGUGGAAAAUUAACAUUCCUAAAAGCGUUACUUGAAGAAUGCGAACAAAUUGGAGACAAAGUGUUGUUAUUUAGUCGUUCGCUCUUUUCACUUUCGUAUCUGGAACAAUAUCUUAAGUAUUGGGAUUCGAUUGCUAGUGGAAAGAAAAUUCAAACAGAUGAUUUUGAUGCGAAAGUAAAAGCCAACGGUCGAUGGAAAUUCGGUAUUGAUUAUUUUCGUAUUGAUGGUAGUACAGACAUUACAACACGAACGAAUUACAUCUCGAAAUUUAAUGAUACGGCGAAUAUUCGAUCGCGGCUCUUUAUCGUCUCGACGAUGGCAGGUGGAAUUGGUAUUAACUUAAUCGGAAGUAAUCGUGUGGUGAUUUUUGACUGCAGUUGGAAUCCCUCUUCGGAUUUACAAGCUCUCUUUCGUUCGUACCGUUUGGGCCAAAAGAAAACCACGUAUGUCUAUCGAUUGUUGAGUAAAGGUUCAAUGGAAGAGAAAAUUUAUUUCCGUCAAGUGAAUAAACAGGCCAUGGCUCAACGUGUCGUCGAUGCUCAACAACUCGCUCGACAUUUUACUGAAUCGGAAUUACGUGAAUUAUAUUCAUUUAAAAUCGAUGAACAUGAUCCACAAGAAUAUCUUAACAAACGGCUACCCGACGAUAUUGUUCUGAAAAAUUGUAUCGCAAAGCACUCGACAUUAGUGCAGAGUAUCCUUGAACAUGAUUCCUUGCUUGAAAAUCAUGUGGAAGAACAAUUAACACGCGAAGAGAAAUACUACGCACUGAAAGAGCUCGAACGAGAUGAACGACAAGCGGAAUAUCAAGCAAACGUAGCGAAAACUUUAUCAAAUAUCUCACAAAAUCAUAAUGCAACAAAAAUUGUACACGCAUCGUCAGAAACCAAAUUUAAUGACGCAAAAUUAAUCACUUCACCACCUUUGAACACUUACAAUCCUUACCAACCACCACCGCCCAUGUGUGCCCAAGCCCGUGCUGGACUUUCUACUGCUCAAGAAGCACGUGGUCUCGAACGUUUAACCGAAUUAUUAUUUCCUAAAGAAGCUCCACCACUUCCAGCUGGUAAAGGCGCCGAAUUACCUCCAAUGAAAGAAUUAACUGAUAUGCCUGUUUCAAAAGAUGAAAUUGCUGAUAUCGAUCUCGAUGACGAAGAAUUCGAUGUGCGAACUAAACGUGAAAAACAAAAAGCACUUCUACAAGAACAACGCGCUUAUGUUAAAUUGUACAAUGAUAAGAAAAAAUUGCUCAAUCCGCCGCGUGUUCCCAAAAUUUUAAAACGCGGUAAAAAAGCCACGCAAGUCAAUACAUCAUUUGUUUCCAAUCCAUAUCAAUUCAUGCCAGUCACACUCAAUCCAUUUGAUAUGCCACCAAACAUGCAAAAGCGGCCAGAUUAG